UCAUGGUAUUUUUGUUGGCUGUCUGCCGGAAUUCUGUUAAAACAACUGCCGUUAUAUGUAUUGCUUCCCCAGACCGCAUGACCAAUCUAACUGGACCAUGCUGGAAACGCUUUUGUGUGAAAAGGGAGGAAAUCCCUGCUGUGACUGGUGUAGUAGAUGAAAGAAGGCAACAAAUUCGCCCUCUGUUCACAGGAAGCAAUUGAAACGCUCGAGACAGUAGCAUAGAUGUGUUUGGAAAUCAGUUCUUUCAUGGCUUGCCAGAAGAUGCCUUCGUUCAUGAUCAGAAACUGGGAGCAAUUACAACUGCGACAGUACCCCUUCUCUCCGAUCAACAGAGGAAUUAAUAAGAAACAGCGAGCGGGGGAGAUGGUCGAAUCCAUUUGCAGCAUUUCUGGCAUUUUGGGAGUGUUUCACUUCCAGUUUCAGCCAUGCAACGUUUCUGGAGAAACUGUCAGGGGAACCCAUGCCUUCCGAGGACUGUACCCGGCUUCGAAGGAGAGACGCUGCAUUACGCUCAAACGCUACACUGAAUUCACUUCUUUUAAUCAUCGCAGGCUGUCGCUGGAGGGUCAGGGCACUUCUCACAACACUUGCUUGUGUGUGCAGAUUGGAUUCUUAUCACGAACCUCCUUGCGUUGUAUGCGGGUUGACAGCAUGGAACGAUAUGUCGAUGUAGAUUCUUCAGCCACUUCCUCAACGACUUUUGUGCUGUGACACGGGCGUUUUGCCCUUCAUGAUGAAGUGAAUCGCCUGGGAAACUGUUGACCUCGAGUGUACACGAGACACCGACAGUUGCCCGUGUGAAAUAUCGGCGGCGUAUCGGCAGAGCCUACCGAGCAAUCAGCUACUGGAGGUUGUAUGCUCCUACAUGCUAAGCCUGUUACGCAAUAAUAGACUGCGCCUGAAGGAUUAGAACCUGUAUCUCGAUUCCUGAAAUUCAAGCUCAUUAGUCAGAUGGCCAGCACCACGCCGUACGUCGCUGAAAGCGGAAAUCUAGAGAUGAAAAAACCAAGGAUA